UUUUAAAAAAAAAGAAAAGAUGCAUGUGUUCUAGAUUUGGUGGACAACUUAAAUUUUUUGGCAUAUGGUAACUGUGGUUGAUAGAUGAGAAAAUCUAUGGUGCCGAGAAGGUAAAUAGCUUGUCCAAGAUUACACAUGGGUCCAUGGUGCACCAGAGCCUGGUCCUUCCCAUUGCCCUCCACUGUGUACUGUGGAUGCAAACUCUGAGCACAUUGCAGUUGACGUUUUUUUUUUAAUGUAUGUAGAGCCUGAUAAUGUUUUAGGGCUCCUGUCUGAACUUUUGGGGUACGUUAUUGGAGGAAGAGGUGUGUGGAGAUGUGCAACUUGUAAUAGAUGAUUUGGCAGGUCAGGGACUCUCUUUUUAAUCUAAAAAGAUAACAAUGGAGAAAGGCCAUCAUGGUGAGCCAAGAGAUGGAGGCAAAGGUGAGCAGGGGCCAGAGCAGGUAGGUGACUUUUCUUGUGGAAAAUGAUGUGUCUUCAGCCCCUUUUAAGUUUCACUUCUGAAGACCACACUCAGCUCCCCCACCCGCCUUGCCCUAAUCUUUAUUUUGAAUCUCUUGGUUGUCAUCAGAGGUGCUGUUACUGUGUUGCUGGGUUUCAUUUCCUGUGAAGUUCCCUUUCCUCUGGUCUAAGGUGGCCCUGUAGGUAUCUCUAGCUUCCAAGGCUUGUGGGAAAGUGCCCAGAUGCUUAGUGCAGAAUGGGAAACUGCAUUAAAUUUGGCUGAAUAAACAGUAAGUGGUGAGGUGCAGGCUAAUUACUUCUCUUCCUUUUAAAUAUUUUCCAUCUUCAUAGUGACAUCCAGUGUGUUUUUGAUACAUGGGGUUUUCCCCUCAAGUAUUGUUUUUUUUUAAAAUCAGAUAUUGUUCAUAUUUCAUAUACUUUGAAACUAUCCAAAUGAUCAUAUGAAGGAAACUUACCUUUUGAGUGGUCUGGAGGUAGUUCUCAGAGUCAAAGUGGAAGUUUUCCUUUGGGUCCUAAGGCUUGAGGUUGGAGGAUGUUGUAUAUCCAUGAGUGAAUCAAACUGACACACACACACACAUUUUUUUUUUCUUUUUCUUUUUUAAAUACUGGAGAUUGAACUCAGGAGUGCUUAACCACUGAGCAAAAUCACCAGCCCCUUUUUACUUUUUAUUUUGAGAUAUAAUCUUGCUAAGUUUCUGAGGCUAGUUUCAAACUGUGAUCCUCCUAUCUCAGCCUCCUGAGUCACUGGGAUUACAGGAAUGCGCCACCUAUGCCCAGCUGACAAACCUUUUUUGAAAAGCUGGUAUAAAGCUAAGCAAGCCACUGUGAGUACUGGAUUGAUCACCUGCACUGGUGAGGGGCCAGUCUCUGUGUGCUGGCUGUUGACGGUAAACAGUGCAGGCAAUAAUAGCUCAGUACUCUUCCAGUUGAAGUCUGCUAAGUACAUAUUCACACUUUUAAAAUAAUUUGAUUAUUAUUUUUUCCUUUUAGAUGUGCAGCAAAAACAGCAUUUCUACCUGAGCAGUAGAAAUGAUCACAACACCUUACUAUGCUUUCAACUCUUCUUACUUCUUCCCUUCUGUUAGAACUGGUCUUAUUCUCUAGGUGUUCCCACUAGUAAUGCGUUCUACCCAGUAAUCAGAUCUAUGGCCCAUAUUGGGGGAACUCAGUUUAUUGUGUUAGGAAGGUGUGCUCAAAUGUGACCCCGUGGGUCUUUAUGGAGUUAACUGUAGAGGAGAUGGAAGCAUAUGUAUCUAUGGAGCCAGGAUGAAAACCACCAUGGGAAGAGGUGUGAUGAGCAGGAGGGGUUAGGGAGGAAGAAAUGAGUAUCUUAGACAGUCUCGAGGAGGCUUGGGGUGGAAGGAACAGAAGUUUUAUCACUCUAGUUAGCAUGUCCUUAAAACUAGAUACAAACAACAGUGGUUGUAUAUAUUGGGAUCUGCUCUCAUAUUUGUAGAAAGAACGACACUCCAGAGCAGUGCUUUCCAAUUAGCCAUCUGCAGUGAUGGACAGGUCCUGUAUCAGAGGUGGCCAAUAUGGGAGCCACUAAUCACAUGUGAUUUGGGAACACUAGAAAUAUGACUAGUGCAACCGAGCAACUAACUGUUAAAUUUUAUUCCCUGUUAAUUGAAAAGUUAAAUCUAAACAGUCACAUGUGGCUAGUGGCUACCAAAGCCAGACAAAACAUGCAUAUCUGUAACCUGGUAUUGAUCCCAAAUCAUAGACACUUUGUUUGGCUUUUACUUUUUAAUAUAUUUUGGCAUAAAUGGAGCAUCUAUGCACACCCUAAAGUGCAGUAAGUCAUUAAGAAAUGGUGAUACCCCCACACCUCCUGCAUAUGUGUAUGUACAUGCACACACAGAUAUGCAAAUGCUUAUAUGCCCAUGCACACACAGAUGCACCUGUGUACGUACACACACAGACACACACACACACACAAAGAAGUCUUUCUUCUUGACUUCUUGAAAUGAAGGGAGGGAGAAAUAUGAUGAUUUUGGAUGGCUUACUGUUUUGAAGGACAGGUAAUAAAUUAGUGAUUCUUCUACUGGGGACAUAUCAGGCUGAACAAAGAAAAGUCCCUGAUGGAAAGAAAGAACCAUCUCUGCCCUCCAGAGGGCAGAGGGUCUUGGAUGAGUCUUAGUUUCCUCCUCUAUACACUGUGGAUUACAGAAUCUCCUAUCUGCCCCCCAAAAUAAUAUAUAUUUGGAAAAACUUCUUUUCAGGUUGGUCUUUCCAAACCAACAUCACAGCUUUUUUAUAAUCCUGCAGGACAUUUCCUUUUCUCUUUGUGUUGACUGUGGUACCAAGAGCUAUGAUGAUACAUAUUUUCCCCUUGAUUUCAGAUGUCUUCUGGCAAUUGCCACAUCUCUCCAAGACCCACUUGAAAAAUCUUUCCUUUUAAAUUCUGACCCCAGUCUUGUUUUGGGAGUCUUCAUUUUGAGUCCUAUCUGCAUUCUACUCACGCUUUGACUCUGCCCUUCUCAGUGUGUGUGUGCCCACCAUGUCCUGGAGUCCCAAAAUGUUUCAUGUUCUUUUCAUAUGCCUGUGCUUUAUCUUCCUGAUUGGAAUGCAAACUCACUGGUAAGAGUCAGGCUUUAAACUUUAUUUUCUUGAUCUUUUUAAACUUAAUUUUAUUCAGUGUUUGCAAAGAGUGGUGCUCAGUCCAUGUUGCAUUGUGAUGGUUCAGUGGAGAAUGUGGGUCUUCUUUAAGCCUGUUUGGCUGUUAAGAUCAGUGGUGUCAAGGUGUUUCAUCUACAGCUAUUUAUCAAGGUGUUUUUUUUUUUUAAAUCAGAUCCUCAAGCUCUAUAAAUGUGAUUCUGUAGGACUGAGAUGGGAUGCUGGAACCUUGUAUUUUAUGAAGCAAACCAGGGAAUUCUGAUGCAGGAUGGGUCUUGCUUUGUUGCUCAGGCUUGCCUCAAACUCCUGAGUUUAAGAGAUCAUCCUGCCUCUGCCUCCCAAAUACCUGGUCAUAAAUACCAGCCACCAAUGAUUGAAGUACUGGAUCUGAUUUUGGCAGUGGGCUAGGAACUCUGUGGAAAGAUUGGUGAAUUUACCUGAGAAAUUGAAAAUCAAGAUUAUGAAAACGUGUGACUAGGACCAGAAGCAGAUUUCCAGGUGGAGUCUUUGCAUUUUUUAAAAGAUGGUGGUAAUCAGAUCUACUUGAAAAUUAAGUGAAUUGAUUUGAUUGGAACACUCGUUUACCAGUUGUUUGACAUUUGGCCACUAGAUCCCCAGAAGUUGUGCAUUUGUUCCAUGGAGAGAGUUGACAUCUUGGAAAUCAAAGACGGUUGUGAUGCAGUUUAUUGAUAUGAGGAUAACAGGAAGCAUCAGGACAAUCAUGCCCAUGAGAACUCUAAACUAUUCAGGCCAUUUUAUCUUAGAGAAACUGGCAAUUGAACUUUGCUAUAGUUGAUGGGCAAAAUUUCUUCCAGACUAUUCAUCAUCCUAGUUGAAAACAUUCAGAUGCCAUAAGAAAUCUUUGUAGAUUUGCACUUAGCUUUUGGAUGGACGUUUCUAUGAUGGAGAGAACUGUGUUAUAGCCUGGUACAAGGACAUACCCAUCUGAUGCCUAUUGACUACGGUGUAGGUGUGGGAGGUUCCAAAGAGAAGGGGCAGUCAGCAAGCUUGCAGACACUCUGGAACAUGGGAGCGCCCAAGCUUUAAAAAGCACAGCAUUGAGACACUCCAUGAGUCUGCACGGCUUUCAGGCAAACUAGCACUUAAGACUUGGCACAACAAAAUGGACACUGGGGACACAGCUCUAGGACAAAAAGCUACCUCAAGGUCUGGAGAAACUGAUAAAGCAUCAUCAGGUAGAUGGAGACAGGAACAAUCGGCUAUUAUUAAGAUGAGCACUUUUGGCAGUCAAGAAGGACAGCGGCAACCACAAAUUGAUCCUGAGCAGAUUGGAAACACAGCAUCAGCACAGCUGUUUGGUUCUGGGAAGCUGGCCUCACCCAGCGAAUCAGUGCAGCAAGUCACAGAGAAGCAAUACCCACCGCACCGUCCAAGUCUCUACUCAUGCCAACAUUCACUGUCUUUCCCUCAGCACUCAUUGCCACAGGGGGUCAUGCACAGCGGCAAGCCACACCAGAGCCUAGAAGGCCCUCCCUGGCUUUUCCCUGGCCCUUUGCCAUCGGUCGCCUCCGAGGACUUAUUUCCUUUUCCUAUACAUGGCCACAGUGGUGGUUUUCCUAGAAAAAAGAUUUCAAGCCUGAACCCUGCUUAUAGCCAAUACUCCCAGAAAAGUCUCGAACAGGCAGAAGAUGCUCACAAGAAAGAGCACAAACCCAAAAAGCCCGGCAAAUACAUUUGCCCUUACUGCAGCAGAGCAUGUGCCAAACCAAGCGUUCUGAAAAAACACAUCAGGUCCCACACUGGUGAGCGGCCAUAUCCAUGUAUACCUUGUGGUUUCUCUUUCAAGACAAAGAGCAAUUUGUACAAGCACAGGAAGUCACAUGCCCAUGCAAUUAAGGCAGGAUUAGUACCUUUCACAGAGUCAGCUGUCUCUAAAUUGGACUUGGAGGCUGGUUUUAUUGAUGUAGAAGCAGAAAUACAUUCGGAUGGUGAACAGAGUACAGACACAGAUGAGGAGAGCUCUUUGUUUGCUGAGACUUCUGACAAAAUGAGCCCCGGCCCACCCAUCCCACUGGAUAUUGCUAGCAGAGGUGGCUACCACGGGUCCCUAGAAGAGUCCUUGGGAGGUCCAAUGAAGGUGCCGAUUUUGAUUAUCCCCAAAAGUGGAAUUCCGCUACCUAACGAAAGCUCUCAGUAUAUUGGCUCUGAUAUGCUACCAAACCCAUCUUUAAAUACUAAGGCUGAUGACUCUCAUACAGUUAAACAGAAACUUGCACUAAGACUGUCAGAGAAAAAAGGACAAGAUUCUGAGCCAUCUCUCAACCUUCUGAGCCCGCACAGUAAAGGAAGCACUGAUUCAGGUUACUUUUCUCGCUCAGAAAGUGCAGAGCAGCAAAUAAGCCCUCCCAACACCAAUGCAAAGUCUUAUGAAGAAAUCAUCUUUGGAAAAUACUGUCGGCUUAGUCCGAGGAAUACACUCAGUGUUACACCCACAGGUCAGGAGCGUGCCACCAUGGGACGGAAGGGCAUCAUGGAACCAUUACCUCAUGUAAACACCAGGUUAGACGUCAAGAUGUUUGAAGAUCCAGUCUCGCAGCUGAUCCCCAGCAAGGGGGAAGUGGAACCCAGUCAAACAAGCCUGCUGAAGUCCACGAAAUUCAACAGCGAGUCCAGGCUACCCCACACUAUUCCGUCAUCGGUAAGGAAUGAAGGAAAACUGUAUCCUGCAAAUUUCCCAGUCAGCAACCCGGUUCUCUUAGAAGCUCCUAUAGACUCUUCCCCACUUAUUAGAAGCAACUCGAUGCCAACUUCUUCAGCAACUAAUUUAAGUAUUCCUCCUUCUUUGAGAGGAAGCCACUCAUUUGAUGAAAGGAUGACAGGGUCUGACGAUGUGUUCUACCCGGGCACUGUGGGCAUACCCCCUCAGCGCAUGCUAAGAAGACAAGCGGCGUUCGAGCUGCCAUCAGUCCAGGAAGGGCACAUGGAGGCCGAGCACCCUGGCAGGGUGUCCAAGAGUCUCACCAGCUCAUCCCUCAAGGAAAAGAAACUGGUUCCUGGGGACAGGGUUGGGUAUGACUAUGAUACCUGCCGGAAACCCUAUAAGAAGUGGGAAGACCCUGAAACACCAAAGCAAAGCUACAGGGACAUUUCCUGCUUCAGUUCUUUAAAACAUGGAGAAUAUUUUAUGGAUUCCUCGGUGCCAGUGCAGGGAGUGCCAACCAUGUUUGGAACCACAUGUGAAAACAGAAAACGUCGGAAAGAGAAGAGUGUAGGAGAUGAGGAGGACACCCCCAUGAUUUGCAGCAGUGUCGUCAGUACUCCCAUGAGCAUCAUGGCUUCAGAAUAUGACCCCAAACUGCACAUGCAGGAGGGAGUGAGGAGCGGAUUUCCCAUGGCUGGACUCGAGAACCCUUCACUCGGUCACCCUGAGCGCUUUGACCCGGGUCGACCCCAACUGCACUCUGGAAGUCCCUCCCUGGGAUCAGAGGAUUCCCUUUCAGCCACUGAUCCUGACAAGAUGUCAGACCCAGGGGGCAGGAAACCGCCUGGCAAUGUGAUUUCCGUGAUUCAGCACACGAACUCCCUGAGCCGGCCCAAUUCCUUUGAAAGGUCCGAGUCAGCUGAACUUGGGACUUGUACACAGGACAAAGCCUCUUCCCCAUCCGAGACAUGUGACAGUGAGGUUCCGGAAGCCCCCGUGAGCCCAGAGUGGGCACCCCCUGGGUAUAAUGCAGAAAGCGGGGGGAAGCCAGCCCCGACCCCACAGGUACCACAGCCGUCCUAUCACGCACAGCCUCGGUUGGUUCGCCAGCACAACAUCCAGGUCCCUGAGAUUCGAGUCACCGAGGAGCCUGAUAAACCAGAGAAGGAGAAAGAAGCCCAGAGUAAAGAGCCGGAAAAGCCAGUGGAGGAAUUCCAGUGGCCCCAGAGAAGCGAGACCCUUUCUCAGCUCCCUGCGGAGAAGUUGCCACCCAAAAAGAAGCGUCUGCGACUGGCAGAUAUGGAGCACUCCUCCGGAGAGUCCAGCUUUGAAUCCACAGGCACCGGCCUCUCUCGCAGCCCCAGUCAAGAAAGCAACUUGUCCCACAGCUCUAGUUUUUCCAUGUCCUUCGAAAGAGAGGAAUCCGUUAAGUUUACUGCCCCUCCCAAGCAGGAUGAGUUUGGGAAGCAUUCCGAGUUUUUGACCGUCCCUGCUGGUUCUUACUCAUUGUCUGUUCCAGGCCAUCACCACCAGAAAGAGAUGCGACGCUGCUCCUCAGAACAGAUGCCUUGUCCUCACCCAACGGAAGUCCCAGAGGUUCGGAGUAAAUCAUUUGAUUAUGGGAAUCUGUCCCAUGCCCCUGUGGCGGGAACAUCAGCCUCAACCUUAUCCCCCUCCCGGGAGAGGAAGAAAUGCUUUUUGGUGCGGCAGGCUUCCUUCAGUGGCUCCCCAGAAAUCGCCCAAGGUGAGGCCGGUGUGGACCCAAGUGUCAAACAGGAGCAGAUGGAGCAGCUGCACGCUGGCCUCAGGGCCGCAUGGCACCACGUGCCAUCCUCUGUGCUUCCGCCUCUUCCACCAGAUGACCCAGGGAAGCAGGUGGUGGGUCCUUGUGCCCAGUUGAGCUCAGGACCACUCCACCUGGCCCAACAACAGAUCAUGCACAUGGACAGUCAGGAAUCUUUGAGAAACCCCUUGAUUCAGCCUACAUCCUACAUGACAAGCAAGCACUUGCCUGAACAGCCACACUUAUUUCCACAUCAAGAGACUAUUCCAUUUUCUCCGAUCCAGAAUGCCUUGUUUCAGUUUCAGUACCCCACCGUCUGUAUGGUUCAUUUACCGGCUCAGCAACAUCCCUGGUGGCAGGCACAUUUCCCCCAUCCCUUUGCUCCUCAUCCUCAGAAGAGCUACAGCAAACCUUCUUUCCAGGCAGAAAUUCAUUCUAACUAUCCCUUAGAGCACGUUGCUGAACACACUGGGAAGAAGUCUGCUGACUAUACACACACAAAAGAGCAAACUUACCCUUGUUAUUCAGGAACAUCAGGGCUACACUCCAAGAACCUUCCUCCAAAGUUUCCUUCGGACCCGAGCAGUAAGUCAAGUGAUACUCCCUCUGAACAGGUUCUUCAGGAAGAUUUCGGGUCGGCAAAUACUGGUCCUUUGCAAUCCCUACCAGGCACAGUGGUUCCUGUUCGGAUCCAGACCCACGUUCCGUCCUAUGGAAGUGUCAUGUACACAAGCAUUUCUCAGAUCCUUGGGCAGAACAGCCCUGCAAUUGUCAUAUGCAAAGUUGAUGAGAAUAUGACCCAAAGAACACUGGUAACCAAUGCAGCCAUGCAAGGGAUAGGGUUCAAUAUUGCCCAGGUGCUUGGGCAGCAUGUGGACUUGGAAAAAUACCCCCUUUGGAAAGUACCUCAGACCUUGCCCCUUGGCUUAGAAUCUUCCAUCCCCUUGUGUUUACCUUCCACCUCAGACAGCGCCUCCUCCCUUGGAGGCAGCAAGCGGAUGCUCUCUCCAGCCAGCAGCUUGGAGCUCUUCAUGGAAACGAAGCAGCAGAAACGGGUCAAAGAAGAAAAGAUGUAUGGGCAGAUAGUGGAGGAGCUCAGUGCUGUGGAGUUGACCAACUCAGACAUCAAGAAGGACCUCUCCCGCCCCCAGAAGCCCCAGUUGGUCCGGCAAGGGUGUGCUUCUGAGCCAAAGGACGGCUCCCAGUCGAGGUCAUCGUCCUUCUCCUCUCUGUCGCCCUCUUCAUCUCAAGACCAUCCAGCUGUUGGUGGCCCCUCAAGGGAGCCAUUCCCGCCCAGCAGGGAGAUGCUCUCUGGUUCCAGGGCCUCCGCUCCUGGGCAGAAGUCCAGCGGGCCUUCAGAAAGCAGAGAUUCUUCAGAUGAAUUAGACAUUGAUGAGACCGCAUCGGACAUGAGCAUGAGUCCUCAGAGUUCUUCACUGCCAACCGGAGACAGUCAGCAGGAAGAGGAAGGGAAGGGCCAGAAGCUACCUGUUGGCAUGCUGGUCCACAUGGGCUCUGGUCCCAGUGGAAACGUGGCAAACUCGACUCUUCUUUUCACUGAUGUGGCAGAUUUCCAGCAGAUUCUUCAGUUUCCCAGUCUGCGGACAACUACUACUGUGAGUUGGUGCUUCUUGAAUUAUACAAAACCCAAUUUUGUGCAACAGGCCACUUUCAAAUCCUCAGUUUAUGCUUCAUGGUGCAUUAGUUCCUGCAACCCAAACCCAUCAGGUUUGAACACCAAGACCACGCUGGCUCUUCUGAGGUCCAAGCAAAAAAUCACUGCAGAAAUUUAUACUCUGGCUGCUAUGCACAGGCCUGGAACCGGCAAGCUGACAUCAUCCAGUGCUUGGAAACAGUUUGCACAGAUGAAACCGGAUGCAACCUUUUUAUUUGGUAGCAAACUAGAAAGGAAACUAGUGGGAAAUAUUUUAAAAGAAAGAGGGAAAGGAGAGCUUCAUGGAGAUAAAGAUAUUGGAUCCAAGCAAACUGAGCCAAUCCGAAUUAAAAUCUUUGAAGGAGGGUAUAAGUCAAAUGAAGAUUAUGUAUAUGUCAGAGGACGUGGACGUGGAAAGUAUAUUUGUGAGGAAUGUGGGAUUCGCUGUAAGAAGCCAAGCAUGCUCAAAAAACACAUCCGCACUCAUACUGAUGUUCGGCCUUACGUAUGCAAGUUAUGUAACUUUGCCUUCAAAACGAAAGGAAAUCUAACAAAACAUAUGAAAUCUAAAGCACACAUGAAAAAAUGCCUGGAGUUGGGAGUCUCAAUGACAUCAGUGGAUGAUACAGAAACUGAGGAAGCAGAAAAUAUGGAAGAUUUACACAAAGCGGCUGAGAAGCAUAGCAUGUCCAGCAUUUCAACAGAUCACCAGUUCUCAGAUGCCGAGGAAUCGGAUGGUGAGGAUGGAGAUGAUAAUGAUGACGACGACGAUGAUGAUGAUGACUUCGAUGACCAGGGAGAUUUGACACCGAAAACAAGAUCAAGAAGCACCAGUCCUCAGCCUCCUCGAUUCUCCUCCUUGCCUGUGAAUGUUGGCGCAGUACCCCAUGGGGUGCCUUCCGAUAGCUCCCUGGGGCAUUCUUCACUGAUCAGCUAUUUGGUUACUUUGCCAAGUAUUCAGGUGACUCAACUCAUGACACCCAGUGACUCUUGUGAAGAUACUCAGAUGACAGAAUAUCAGAGGCUAUUCCAGAGCAAAAGAACAGACUCAGAAGCAGACAAGGAUAGGCUGGACAUCCCCAGUUCUAUGGACGAGGAGUGCAUGCUGUCCUCAGAGCCAAGCUCCUCCCCAAGGGACUUCUCUCCUUCCAGCCGCCAUUCCUCACCAGGCUAUGAUUCUUCCCCCUGUCGAGAUAACUCACCAAAGAGGUAUCUGAUACCCAAAGGAGAUUUGUCACCCAGAAGACAUUUAUCACCUAGGAGAGACCUGUCACCCAUGAGGCAUCUGUCACCAAGAAAGGAAGCUGCAUUGAGGAGAGAGAUGUCCCAAAGAGAUGUUUCACCAAGAAGGCAUCUAUCCCCCAGAAGGCCACUGUCUCCAGGGAAGGACAUCGCAGCAAGAAGAGACCUCUCUCCCAGAAGAGAGAGAAGAUACAUGACCACCAUAAGAGCACCAUCUCCCAGAAGGGCUUUAUAUCAUAACCCGCCAUUAUCCAUGGGGCAGUAUUUGCAAGCAGAGCCAAUUGUAUUGGGGCCUCCUAACUUAAGAAGAGGAUUACCUCAGGUUCCUUACUUCAGUCUCUAUGGAGACCAAGAAGGUGCUUAUGAACAUCAAGGCUCCAGCCUUUUCCCUGAGGGUCCUACUGACUAUGUCUUCAGUCAUCUUCCACUCCACUCUCAGCAGCAAGUGCGAGCUCCUAUCCCCAUGGUGCCAGUUGGUGGGAUCCAAAUGGUUCACUCCAUACCGCCGGCCCUUUCUGGUUUACAUCCUCCACCUACAUUGCCUCUGCCAAUGGAGGGUCCUGAGGAGAAGAAAGGGGCGCCUGGGGAGCCCUUUCCCAAGGAUCCCUAUGCUCUCUCCAGGCAGCAGGAGAAGCACGCGCCUCACGUUUUGCAGUCAUCUGGUCUACCGAGCACUCCCUCCUCGCCUCGGCUACUGAUGAAACAGAGCACUUCGGAAGACAGCCUGAAUGCAACAGAGCGGGAACAGGAGGAGAACAUACAGACUUGUACAAAAGCCAUUGCCUCUCUCCGGAUUGCCACCGAAGAGGCUGCUCUGCUUGGGGCUGACCAGCCAGCCCGGGUGCAGGAACCCCUCCAAAAACCCUUGGAAAGUGCACAUGUUGGCAUUAGACACUUUAGCGGGCCUGAGCCAGGUCAGCCCUGUACCUCAGCUGCCCACCCUGACUUGCAUGAUGGUGAAAAGGACAAUUUUGGUACAUCACAGACUGCAUUGGCUCACUCCACGUUUCACAGCCAGAGUCCUGUGGAUGAGAAACGGUUGGACUUCCACAGCAGCAAGGAGUUCUCUUCAAGCACAGAGGAAGGCCACAAGCCUUCAUCAGGGAAGAGUCAGCUACAUUGAUCUAAGAUGCAUGGAGACUUUCAUUUUCACAUGGCCCCCCUUUUAUUGUUUUUGUUUUCGUUUUUCUAGAAAUAGAAGUAAUCGAGUUUAUAGCAUGCCUGUCCUAAGUUACGGUAGUUUGCUAUUAUAUAUACUUUUGUUAUUUCAAAAGAAUUAGGUAAAUUACCAAGUCAUCAUGAGCCUGACCAAAACAAAAUUUGAAAUUAACCUAUUGGGUCUGGUACUUUUAAAAUUGUACAGAUGUUUGUGCCUUUUCUUUACUUUGCUUAUAUUCUUAUAAGCAUUUUUUAGCAGUAAUUUGUACAUAUUUUAGAAUUUGUGUAUCUGCGUUGUAAUAAAUGUAAUUUCUUUCCUUUUUUGGACACUUGGAUCUAAAUGAUGUAAAGCAAAACAGCAUCAAUAUAUAUGUGAGGUUGCACUAAAACAUAUUUUUAUAUGAUAAAAACUGAACAGCUUUUAUGUACAGCUCUGAUUCUGUAAUACUAAUAUUUAUUUACUUUGUUUCAUAAAUUGUACAUUUUUUCUUAAUGUUGUGGAUUGCUUUUCUAUGUGAAGCAUGGGAUUUACUGUUGCGUAAUUAGAACAACAAUGUACAUUGUAAACAAGAUAUUUAAACUAGAGUACCUUAUUCUGCACUUAUGCAUUAGUUACAAAAAAAGAUAAAGGAUGUAUCAGUCAGUUCUUAACUCUUGUAAAUUUUUUUUGUCUCUUGUUUGCCGGAUUGACUAUAACUUAAGUGCUGAUUGUGAUUUUAAACUGAUAGUACCGUAAAGCAUUAAAGUAAACAAUGUGCUAUUGUGAGUUUUUUCAAAGCUUUAUAAAACAGUUAUAAAUAAUAUUAAAAGUAUUUGGUCUUAUGUGAACAUGUUGAUCUAUAUACUCAUCUAAAAAUAUGGGAAAACAUUCCGACCCAUGUAAAUAUGUACAAGUGCAUCACUGGUACAAUUUUAUGUAACUCAGUUGGACACUAGGUUGCCACAGACCUAUGCUAGGGUGUCUUUAAAAAUUAAAGUGACAAAGCACAUGGGACUGUGUAGAGCUUGGUUAUCGGCCGGCCCGGUGGCUUGGCAGGCAGUGCUGUGCGCUGCCCUUGGAGAAGACCUGGGCUUAGAGAUCUCCCUGGUCCUUGCUGCACAGGAUGGUGACUGAACUAAGGCUACACAGAGGGGCCACACUUGGACGCCCAGGAAUCGAUGCGGAAGCUGGGAAGGGGGUGGAGACCUCUCCCCAUCUCUUCCCGUCAGCCUGACCACAAGGUAACAGGGUUAACAUCUAUCUGCAUUAGGGGAAGUCACCUUCCCCUUUGUGUAGGGGAAAAGUGUCACACUCCUGGCUAUCUCAGGGGGAACGUUGAAAAAAAGAUUUCAAGGGAAAAUGACCUGAGGGGGGAUGAUAUCUUUUGUAUAGAACAUUCAGAAUGGUUUUGAUUAGUGUUGAAGAUGGGAAGAGCCUUUGUAGGUCCCAAAGAACAGAGAGGAGGGAGGGGGUACAGCAACAUGUGCACCCACACGCACGCGUGUGUGCACGCACACACACAAUCUGGGUUACCUUUGUGCUACAUAGUGGAUUAUAAUUCUGUGAAACCAAGUUUGUAUAUUGAAUUACAUUAAGGAGUGUUCUUUAAAAAGAGAAAUAAAUGUACAAUUACAUGCUU